AUGACCUCAAGUUUGGGCCUUACCACAAAGAAAGCCCUCACGAUCCUGAGAGACCAGUUGUCGGCACUGCUGGAGGGGCAUCAGAAAGAACGGAAAAAAGUGACUUCAUGGAAGGAGGUGUGGAGGAGCAGUUUUCUGUACCAUGGUAACCGUUGCUCCUGUUUCCACUGGCCUGGUGCAUCUCUGAUGCUUCUGGCAGUGCUGUUGCUGCUGUGCUGCUAUGGGAGCCAGCCACAGGGGAGCCAAGGUGCUGAGAUAGUUAAUGCAGUGGCACUCUUCCUCCUUCUCCUCUUGGAUCUCUUCAUGAUUGGGCGUCAAGAGAGGCUGAAGUGCAGAGAGGUGGAGAGGAGACUUCAGACAAUUAUUGAUAAGAUAAAUGAUACUCUUGGCAAAGACGUGAAAUGGCCAGACUCCAUGUACCCUGACCUUCACAUGCCUUAUGCCCCAUCCUGGUCCCUUCAUUGGGCCUACAGGGAUGGUCAUCUUGUCAACCUGCCUGUGAGCCUGUUAGUAGAAGGAGACGUGAUUGCUUUGAGGCCGGGCCAGGAGUCAUUUGCUUCUCUGAGAGGGAUUAAGGACGAUGAGCACAUAGUUCUGGAGCCAGGAGAUCUGUUUCCACCUUUCUCACCACCACCCUCCCCCAGAGGAGAAGUGAAGAAGGGACCUCAGAACCCUCAGCUGUAUCGUCUCUUCCGUGUCUUGAAGACCCCGAUAAUUGAUAAUGUCAGGUGGUGUCUGGAAAUGGCUUUGUCACGUCCAGUGACGGCCCUGGAUAAUGAGAGAUUCACUGUACAGUCAGUGAUGCUGAAAUACGCUGUCCCUAUUGUACUGGCUGGCUUCUUGAUCACCAAUGCUGUGCGCUUCAUUUUCAAAGCUCCUGGAAUUGCUUCUUGGCAAUACACUCUUCUUCAGCUACAGGUGAAUGGUGUCCUACCCAUCCUUCCGUUGCUCUUUCCUGUCCUGUGGAUUCUUGCUACAGCCUUUGGAGAAGCCAGAGUCUUGGCCCAGAUGAGCAAGGCUUCAUCCACCUCACUGCUUGCUAAGUUUUCAGAGGACACUCUCAGCAGCUACACAGAGAUGGUAUCUUCUCAGGAAAUGAUACGCUGUAUCUGGAGCCACUUCCUCUGUGUUUUAAAAGGCAAAUCCCCAACUCUGAGCUUCACUUCCAGCUUGCUCCAUAGCCUGGGAUCCGUCACUGUGCUCUGCUGUGUAGACAAGCAGGGGAUUCUUUCCUGGCCAAACCCCAGCCCAGAGACUGUUCUGUUCUUCAGUGGGAAGGUGGAACCACCUCAUGAUAGCCAUGAAGAUCUGACUGAUGAGCUCUCUACACGGUCCUUCUGCCAUCCUGAGAUGGAAGAUGAGCCCCACGAAAGAGAUGCUUUGCUCUCUGGGCCCCUCGCAGACACUAUCCACAUGACCAAUGAGCAAGAGAGGAACAACUGGUCUAGUGACCCUCCAAAGGCUCCCGAUGCCCAUGCCCACCGAAAACCAAAUAGCAGAAGCAAGCAUCCCUCUGGGUCCAAUGUGAGUUUUAGCAAGGACACGGAGGGUGGAGAGGAGGAACAUACUCAGGCUGUUGGUGACAGUGAGGUGUUGGCUUGUGAGGCCGAAGACUUUGUGUGUGACUACCACCUUGAGAUGCUUAGCCUGUCCCAAGACCAGCAGAACCCCUCCUGCAUCCAGUUUGAUGACUCCAACUGGCAUAUGCACCUGAAUUCUCUCAAGCCUCUGGGCCUGAAUGUGCUGCUCAAUCUCUGCAACGCCAGUGUGACAGAGCGUCUGUGCCGCUUCUCUGACCACCUCUGCAACAUCGCCCUCCAGGAAACUCACAAUGCCGUGCUGCCUGUCCAUGUGCCCUGGGGCCUCUGUGAGCUUGCCAGGCUAAUAGGUUUCACACCAGGUGCUAAAGAUCUUUUCAAGCAGGAGAACUAUUUGGCCUUGUACCGCUUGCCAAGUGAUGAGAUGGUUAAGGAAACAAUCCUGGGGAAGCUUUCAUCGAUCACCAAGAGGAGACCACCCCUGAGCCACAUGAUUAACCUUUUCGUGAAGGACACUACUACCAGCACUGAACAGAUGUUUUCUCAUGGGACAGCUGACAUCAUCCUCGAGGCCUGCACAGACUUUUGGGAUGGUACCGAUAUCUACCCCCUCUCUGGCUCUGACAGGAAGAAGGUGUUAGAUUUCUACCAGCGAGCCUGCCUCUCAGGAUACUGUUCUGCCUUCGCAUACAAGCCCAUGCAUUGUGCCUUGUCCUCCCAGCUCAAUGGCAAGUGCAUAGAACUGGUGCAGGUCCCUGGGCAGAGUGCUAUCUUCACAUGCUGUGAUCUCCCUGGGACAACCCCCAUCAAACAGAGCAGUCGGAGGAAUAGCUGGAGCUCAGAUGAAGGGAUUGGUGAAGUGAUGGAGAAGGAAGACUGUAUCCAGGCUCUGAGCGGACAGAUCUUCAUGGGAAUGGUCUCAUCUCAGUAUCAGGCCCGUCUUGACAUUGUCCGCCUCAUUGAUGGAUUGGUCAAUGCCUGCAUUCGUUUUGUCUACUUCUCCCUGGAAGAUGAGCUCAAAAGCAAGGUGUUUGCUGAGAAGAUGGGUCUUGAGACCGGCUGGAAUUGCCACAUAUCUUUAACGCCUAAUGGUGAUGUGCCUGGCUCAGAGAUCCCUCCCUCUAGCCCCAGCCAUGCUGGCUCUCUGCACGAUGACCUACAUCAGGUUUCUCGAGAUGACGUAGAGGGGCUUCUGCUGAUGGAAGAGGAAGGGCAUUCGGAUCUCAUCAGCUUUCAGCCAACAGACAGCGAUAUCCCCAGCUUCCUGGAGGACUGUAACAGGGCCAAACUCCCACGGGGGAUCCACCAGGUGAGACCUCACCUGCAGAACAUAGACAAUGUGCCUUUGCUGGUGCCCCUCUUCACAGACUGCACCCCAGAGACUAUGUGUGAGAUGAUCAAGAUCAUGCAGGAGUAUGGGGAGGUGACUUGCUGUCUGGGAAGCUCUGCCAACCUGCGGAACAGCUGCCUCUUCCUGCAAAGUGAUAUCAGUAUAGCACUGGACCCUCUCUACCCAUCUCGCUGCUCGUGGGAGACUUUUGGCUAUGCCACCAGCACCACCAUGACUCAGGCCUCUGAUGAGCUCACCCCGCUGCAGCUCUCAGGGCAACUCAACAGCCUGCCCUGCUCCAUGUCCUUCCGCCAAGAAGAGAGUACCAGCAUCAUCAGGCUUAUAGAGCAGGCCAGGCAUGCAACGUAUGGGAUCCGCAAGUGUUUCCUCUUCCUGCUGCAGUGCCAGCUGACCUUGGUUGUCAUUCAGUUCCUCUCCUGCCUGGUGCAGCUGCCCCCCAUCCUCAGUACAACGGACAUUGUGUGGCUCUCCUGUUUCUGCUACCCACUGCUCAGCAUCUCGCUCCUGGGCAAGCCUCCCCACAGCUCCAUCAUGACCAUGGCAACAGGAAAAAACUUGACUUCCAUUCCUAAGAAGACUCAGCACUACUUCCUGUUCUGCUUUAGCCUGACCUUCUGCUCCUGCCUCAUCUGCUUCGGGUUCACGCUGCAUGAGUCCUGCAAAGAGGUGAACGCUACCAGCCUCAAUCUCACAGCCUGCUCCUCCAUCAUGCUGCACAGCAAUGCUGAUGGUGCUCCUGACUGGUUUGGGACUUUUUCCAAUGCUCUUCUUGUAGCCCAGAAACUCACAGCUGGCCUGAUUGUUUUACACACAGUGUUCAUAUCCAUCACCCACGUCCAUCGCACCAAGCCAUUGUGGAAGAAGAGCCCUCUCUCCAACCGGUGGUGGACACUCACUGUGGCUGUUGUAUUGUUGGGGCAAGUGGCACAGACUGUGCUGGACCUGAAACUCUGGGAAAACCUCAAUUCUUCAUUGACCUUUAACCACGUUUCCAUCUCCCCGGUCUCGUGGCUCCUGGGUUUUCUUUCCUUGGUCCUUGUGGUUAUCAUCAAUGAGAUUGUCAAGCUGCAUGAAAUCAGGGUCCGCGUCCGUUACCAAAAGAGGCAGAAGUUGCAGUUUGAAACAAAGCUGGGGAUGAAUUCGCCGUUUUAA